GGGGAGUGGGAGCUGUGAGGACUUGGGGGCCUGUGUGAGCUCACUGAGCGAGCACCUGCCUUCUACUACCUUUGAGGAAGGGGAGCAGGGUCUAGAAAGGGUAACUUCACACUUCACACUUCCAGGCUUGGAAGGAUGCUCUGACUUUCAAACAAAGUAAUUUCAGAAGAAGUGCUAAGCAUCUUCUCCAGCCGUGGCCCGCACACACUCCUAUCUGGGACGAAAUCCUUUCUCCUUCCCUACUCCCUGACUAGUAAGGAAGGUGUUUGCUAGAAGGACUUCAGGAGCAGAGCACACUGGGGAAGCCGGCAGACACUCCCCGAGGGCAGAUGCAGCAAAGCCGAAAGAUAUUUCUGAGGACAAAGAAGGCAGUCUACCCUCAGAUCGUGGUACAAAGCGAAAAUUAUGUCUGUGAGCUGGAUCCUCCUCAAACACUCCACCUCCUCAGCCCUGUGUGCGACAGGGACUAGCAGGAGCCAGCGACCAUGACGAACACCGUCUUCUAACCCUUGCCCUACACGUGCCCUUACACUUCUCUCCCCCAGCCCGAGCCGCCCAGGGCUCCGUGGGCUGUGAGCCCGCUUCAUACCCUCAUCCCCACUGGAAAUGAAGGGCUUGGACGGGGUGAAUGGCUCAGAAACUCAGAGCACCCACCAAAGGCAUUAGAAUCACUCGGGGGUGGGGCGAGACAUACCUUUUUUUGUUUUGUUUUUUUAAGUACAGAUCUGUGAAUCCAAAUGUCAAAGAAAUAGAUAUAUUUUAAAGAAUCCUUAGACAUUGCCAAAAGAUAGCAGGUUCAAAAGCGCUGGACUAGAUAAAGCAUCUACCAUCCCAUUUAAGAUAACGGGAGUCUCCAUGUUUUACAUUCUUCAAUGACUACACACCUCUGUAACCCCGGAUUUCAGCUCUCAAAAACUCUGGAGGAACUCUCCAAAUCCCAAUCCAAACCCUGUCGGAGACUCCAAAGGGCCCAGGAGUUCCGAGAAUAUUCUAGAGCACAAUCUCUCAUCUCCAGCAUGGACAAGGACUCCUGGCUUUAGCUAAAUGCUUGUUCUUUGCACUGAAUCUUCCGGCUGUUUCUUCACUUCCGCUCUGGGGUCAGUUAUGGGAGUUUGCUGAUUUGUAUGCACAAGAUCACUCAUCACCUAAGGCCUGUGGGGUGACCUUUACUGAGGGCUUUGGGGGGGUGGCAGGGGUGUUACUGCAGAAACACAAAACACUUUGGACUGAGUACCAGGCAAACCUGUCACCUGAGUCCUCUGGCCAGAGACAAGUUCUCCAGCAGCCCCGCCCUCUGCUUUUCCUCAUGUGGUGCCCACGGGACAGAACACGGUCACGCACAGUCAGCAGGUGUCGCCAUGAAGAGGUAGACAUGAACUGGAUGGGGAGGCACAGACAGGACUCAGACACGUGCGAGAGAAUCAGUGGUCAGAGGAGCAAGCACACAGGCAAAUGGGAGGACGGAAGAUGGCAAGGGAUGAAGAAAAUGCCUAUGGUCCCGAGGACCCGGACGACGCGCCGCCCGCGCACGAGCCCCAGCUCAGGCUCGUCCUGGCCGGCAAGACCGGCGCGGGCAAGAGCGCCACGGGCAACAGCAUCCUGGGCCACAGGCGCUUCCCGUCCAGGCUCGCGUCCACCCCGGUGACCAGGACCUGCGCCCUGGGGAGCCGCCGCUGGGCCCGCUGGCGCGUCGACGUCACCGACACCCCGGACCUCUUCAGCGCCGACGGCCGCCGCGCCGACCCGGACUGCGCCGAGCGGGGCCGCUGCUACCUGCUGUCGGCGCCCGGGCCGCACGCGCUGCUGCUGGUCACCCAGCUGGGCCGCUUCACCGCCCAGGACGAGCAGGCCGUGCGCGGCGUCCGCCAGCUCUUCGGGGCCGGCGUCCUGGCGCGGGCCGUGCUCGUCUUCACCCGCGGGGAGGACCUGGAGGGGGCCUCGCUGCACGACUACGUGCGCGACACCGACAACCGCGCGCUGCGGGCCCUGGUGGCCGAGUGCGGCGGCCGCGUGUGCGCCCUGAGCAACCGGGCCGCGGGCGCGGCGCGCGACGCGCAGGUGGAGGAGCUGCUGGUGCUGGUGGAGCGGCUGGCGCGCGAGCACGCGGGCGCGCCCUUCACCAACGCCGUGUACGGCCUGGCGGAGGCCCUGCGCCACGCGCCCCCCGACCUCCGGCUCCGGCGGGUGGCGCAGCGGCUGGCGGCCGGCGGCCCGGGGCAGGGGCGGCGCUGGCUGGAGGUGGCGCCGCGCGGGGGUUGGCGGGCGCUCUUGCUGCUCGGCGGCGCGCUGCUCCUCGGCCUGCUUCUCUGGCGCCUCAGACCCAAGGCCUUGCGGGAGGUCAGUCCCGACUGACGGUCCAAGGAGGACUUGGGCCCGUCGACUGAGGGUCACUUCGCCGCUCGUGCGGUGUGCCUUCGGGGCCCACAGGCUCUUCUUUCCUCCUUCCCUGGCGGGGAUCAGCUAGGCAGCGUCCCGCCAGGCCCGGGCUCCUGCAAAACCUUCCCCUGGGACGUGGCCCUCCCUGCGCUCUCCUCUCACUGAAGCCAAACAACCAGAGUUGCUUUUGUCUGUUUUCCCUGACCUCAGGCUGCCUUUCCCUGUCAUUGGAUUGUCUUCCCUGCUGUCUUUGCCCUCAUGUCUCGUGGUCCCCCGAAGCCCGAGGGGGAGAGCCAACACAGAACAGAACCUCAGUCCAUCCUCGUUCAUUUGAGUUCAAUCUGAGUUGAAUAAAUAUUAGAAACAAUCACAUUGUGUGAAAGGAAAUCGGUAUUUCCUUUAGAUGGUAGAUGUUUGUUCUGCCUUAUAUUCCUGUCGAACAGACACUAACUCCUGUCAUUCCUAACCCAGUCUGCAAAGACCAUACACCCCGGUGCAAACACACCCACACACAUUCAGGCAUGUGAUCAGAAGAACAGAAUACAAUGGCAUAAAACUGUCCAUCUACCUGCCAGGCGAUGUCUCCCCGGGCAGGGCCAUUCCCACUCUCCAGCAGCUUGAAGGCAGAUGGGUUCCUUAGGGGCCAUUGAGACCCUGCAGAAAGUCGCCUUCCAAAGAGGAGUGUUUUCCCUGGUUCACACACUCACAGGGGAAGAUUACACUUUCCAACUCAGGGAUAAAUUAAAAAACAUUGGAGAGGUUUGGAAAUUUCUCUUUUAUUUCAUUUUCAAAAAAGGGGGCAGACAGUCGUGGGGGCCAGCUGGUUAAAUGAUGUGAGGUGCAGAGUCAUCUUCUGUCCCAUGUGUCUCUGGGAGGGUCAGCUCCCUGGUCCAGGUCAAAUGAGCCAGGUUAGCCCGUCUCGUCCGUCCUGACUGUGCCUCCCUGUCUCUCCAGCACCCCUACCCUCACGCACAAACCCAAGCUCCUCUCUGAUACUGCUGUGUAUUUCCAAAUCUGCCCCCUCCCGUGCCCCCUGCCAGGUUGGCCUCACAGCCAGCCAUUCUCAGCUGACUGAUGACCUCAGCUUACUAAUGAGAUGCUUACAAAGGGACAAUCCCGCCGCAACAGCUGAGCACAAAUUGCAGAGAGAGGCCCACAGUCCUGCAUGGAAGCCAUGCAGACACUAACAGGAACGCCCAAGCCCAGUGCCGAGAUUUGAAAUUCCCUCAGCUGCAAAGGUCAGUUUGGUUUAAGGCGUUGUGUGCAGAUCCCAGCAGGAGCCCUGAUAGGGAAUCUUGAUUUUGGUCUUGUUCACUUUUCAGUAGACUCUUGUGAUGAACAAACAGAAACAAAUAAAACAAAACAAAACAUUGGCAUUGGCAUUGCCUCUCUGCUGAGAAAAAGGAAAAGGGUCACCGGCAAAAAUAAAUACAAAAAAUAAAAAUGAAAAAAAGAAUAGCAAGGUGUCCAGUGUGAACAAUGGAAAGUUUUAACCCAUGACCCAAAUAGAAAAAGUCAGAUUCUUCUCUUCUUAGUUGGGGAGGUUGGGAUCCCAGGGAGCUCCCAAGAGGCAGUGAUUGAGCUGAUGGAAAUGUGGGAAGGAGCACUCUGCGGGUCCCACUAAGGCUGCAAUCCAGGACACACUGGGAAGAGAGUGUGUUUGUGGGCAGUGUGUUACAAGCUGGGAUAUAUGCGAAAGGAUAAAGGAUGCCAUGAAGAAUAUCUGAAACAUAUUAAUGGGUAAAAACAACAUAUCAUGUUAGGAUAACUGGACAUCCACAGGCACAAUGUGAAUUUGGAUC